UCAGCCGCCCAGUCCCUCUCUCUUCAGUUGAAACCCACCCUGAGGCUUCACUGUAAACUCCUGACCAGACUGUUCGACUUCCGACGCUCCCUCGGACAAGACCUUGCAUCAGAAAGUUCCGCCGCAGACCCCGGUAGUAGAUCAAGAUGGCCAGCACUGAGGGAAGGAAACUUUGGGGAGGACGUUUUGUUGGAGACACUGAUCCUGUCAUGGAGAAGUUUAACGCAUCCAUCGCAUAUGACCAGAGGAUGUGGGAUGCUGACAUCAGGGGGAGCAAGGCCUAUGUGAAAGCUCUGGAAAAGGCGAAGCUGGUCACCAUUGAGGAGAUGAACCAGAUCUUGAAAGGACUGGAUAAGAUUUCCGAUGAAUGGUCCAAAUGUGCCUUUGUGAUCAAACCUGGAGAUGAAGACAUUCAUACUGCCAAUGAGCGCAGGCUCAAGGAGCUGAUUGGUGCACCUGCAGGGAAGCUGCACACAGGCAGAAGCAGAAACGAGCAGGUUGUGACUGACAUGAGGCUGUGGCUGCGUGAUGCCAUCUGCAUCCUGCUGGGCAACGCUCUCCAGCUCAUUUCUACCAUGGUGGAGCGUGCAGCCAUAGAAAUUGAUGUGCUGCUUCCUGGUUACACCCACAUGCAGAGAGCCCAGCCAAUCAGAUGGAGCCACUUGAUCCUCAGUCAUGCUGUUGCUCUGAGCCGCGAUGUUGAACGGCUUCAGGAGAUCAAGAAGAGAGUGAAUGUUUUGCCUCUUGGCAGUGGCGCUCUUGCUGGGGCCCCAUUUGACAUCGACAGAGAGCUGCUGAGGAGAGAGUUGGACUUUGAUGAUAUCAGUCUGAACAGCUUGGAUGCCACAGCCCAGAGGGACUUUGUGGUGGAGUUCAUGUUCUCGGCCUCAUUGUGUUUGACUCACCUCAGUAAGAUGGCCGAGGACCUGCUGCUGUACAGCACUAAAGAGUUCUCCUUCAUCACCCUCUCUGAUGCAUACAGCACUGGCAGCAGUCUGAUGCCUCAGAAGAAGAAUGCUGAUAGUCUGGAGCUGAUCAGGAGUAAAGCUGGUCGUGUCUUUGGCAACUGUACCGGGUUCAUGAUGACACUUAAGGGCCUGCCCAGCACCUACAACAAAGACCUGCAGGAGGAUAAGGUGGCCAUGUUUGACUGCUAUGAUACUAUUCAUGAUGUGCUGCAGGUCUCAACUGGGGUCAUUUCAACUCUGAAGAUCAACCAGGGUGAGAUGGAGGCUGCACUCAGUCCUGACAUGCUGGCAACUGACCUGGCCUACUACCUUGUGAGGAAGGGGAUGCCUUUCAGAGAAGCCCACUGCAUCUCUGGUAAAGCUGUGAUUACAGCUGAAUCCAAAAAUAUCCCACUUAACCAGCUCACCAUAGAAGAUCUGACUGCUAUCAGCUCUCUGUUUGGAAGCGACGUCUCCUCCGUGUGGGACUACAGGAGGAGCGUGGAGCAGUACAACACCCCCGGAGGCACUGCUAAGAGUAGCGUAGCUGCACAGAUUGAACUCCUGAGGAACUUCCUGAAGAGACAGACUCAGUGACCUUGACCUCAUCACUCCUAACUAAAAAAAAUCCGGAUUACUGCCUAAAUUACAGCUAAAGCUAAGAUGUAAGGUCAAUUUUUUUAAACGAAAACCUUGUUGCCUUUCAGAUAUUCUCUGCCUUUUAAGAACACGACUAUGUAACAAAUGGAUGUUUCAAUCGAUGAAUCCCCCAUCAUGUUACAUACUUCCAGAGUGAUGUAAAGAAAAUAAAUGUUACAUGAACAGUG